CGGAGUAGGGUCCCAUACGUGCCCAGACGACGUAGUUUGAAAUAAGUCAGUGACUGUGCUCACAUUGAGCGUUGAAUCAAUAAAUAAAUAAUAAUAUAGAGCGAAUGAAGACAUCAUGGAAAGAAACAAAUGUGUAAAAGCCGAAGAUUUGGACAUUAAUAGUGUUGUGGAACUGUUGGAGAAAUGGGACUUGGCCGAGUUUGUGGACUUCGUGAAAGACAGGCGGAUUGACGGGCGGAAAUUAUUGGAUGUCACUGAGGGAAUUGUUAAAUUAUGGCAGCCCAAAGUAAACGCGAAGAAAUUCAUAUUAUUCAUUGAAAAUUUCAAACUCAAUCCUGAAAAGUAUCUUGGUGGAAUUAAUGUCACAAAAGAUAGGAGAGAAAUGGACGCUGCUACUUCAGUGGCUUCCAUCGAAAGUCAGUAUCAAACUGUUAAAAAAGUCAAAACAGAGACGACAGCAAAUUUUACAAACGUUGAAGAGUUACUUAAGAAGAUAGUACCUGCAAAGAGUUUUCUAUACAGAAAUCAGCAGAGAAAAACAGAUAAAACCGUUCCAUCCUAUGUCCCGAUGGAUGGCACCAGAAAACCUAGAAAAUUCUUCAGAUUGAGCUCUUACGAAUACCCAAACUUUGAUUUGCUCUCAAUAUUUUCAAGACAAGAAAACGUGGAGGACAGAGGAUACUAUUCAGUCAAAAGUAACACUAGGUAUUACAUCCAGAAGACGUACAGAAAACAAGAUACGAGAACCAAAUAUAAAUCGUUGCAAACACCUGAAGAAUUGAGUGCGAAAUUACCAGAAGACCAUUUCUAUGAAGACUUAUGCUAUAAUGAAGUGACUACUGUUGAAAAGAAUAAAACGAACCCUCUGAAUCAAGCCAGCAAUGUAAAACCAUGCCUGGUCAAAUUGCAAGAACUAUUUCAAUCCUUCAAAAUGCCCUUUUCUAAGAAGCCUGAAAUAACAGAAGGAGUUGCUAAAGCUGAAGUAGUAGAAAAAGAAAGAGAAGCCAACGUGUAUGAAAAUGCUGAAAGCAUUUCCAAUAUGUACGAUUCAGUGCACGUCAAACCGCUCAGUGAAAUAGAUGAUAAGGACAACAAACAAGGCAAGCUCCCAGUAGAAGACUAUUUGGAGCCGGUGCAGCUCAGCAAAGAGUAUUGCGACGUGGCGCCCCAGAGGGACGACUCGCUGCUCGGGUACAUCAUGAGCAUAUUCGACACGCGCUUCGGCUUUAGACGAGAAACGAGCGAAGCGAAUCAAUCCGACGAAUCCGAACAUGAGGACGACAAGAAUAAUCCGCUGGAGAAAACGGAAGUGCGAGCGGAGAAGCACAACAUGGCGGAUCGGCCGCUUCCGGUGCCGGUGGAGAACGAGCCUUACUACAUGAACGUGGAGCGGACUGAAGCGGAGAACUUGCUGAGGGGUCAGCCCGACGGGACGUUUAUAUUAAGACCUUCAAGUCAGCCCAACCACGCGUACACGCUAACCGUGUCAUGCGCGAACGCAGUUCACAACGUGGGUGUGCGCCGGCGCCCCGACGGCCGGCUGGCUUUGGGCUACGCUCGGCGUGGGGAACGAAGCUUCGCCAGUGUGCCCUCGCUGCUGAGGCAUCAUAGGAGACGGCGGUUGCUGCUGGUGGCUGCUGGCGGAGUUAUAGGAGCGACCACGUUGAAUGAAACCCCGCAUUAUUACCAGACUCCUAGCAACAUUCCGGUUACUUAGUCCAUUAUUCAUAGGAGCGACCAUAUUCGCCGUUCACGACACGCCUUACCACUGCGAUAUUCUUAUCACUACAUCAUUUACGAAAAGU